AUGAAAACAGCAAUCGUCGUCCUUGUCAUUUUGGUGGUUGUUCACGCCGCCCUCUUUGGUAAGAAAAAGGAGGAAGACUCCUGCAAGGACAACGAGCCAGAAUACUGUAAAGAGAAGGUCCCGAAAGGAUUCUGUGAGUCACAGUUCCACACACUGGAGCAAAAAAAGGCGAAAUGCAUGAAAUCAUGUAAAAUGUGCUGCGAUGAGGCGGAUCCCAAAUGCAAGCCGAAGGGACCUUACGAUGACUACGCCAUUCCGGUGUCAGAGCGACGACCCUGGGUUUAG